CCUAUUUUUUAACCAUCCCUUCCAACUAUUCUCUUGUUUCUUCCUCGAAACCGAACCAGGAGGGAGAGAUCGAGGCGACGCGCUCGGAGUGGAUCGGCAAUGGCGUCGCAGAAGGAGCGCGAGAACUUCGUGUACAUCGCCAAGCUCGCGGAGCAAGCCGAGCGCUACGACGAGAUGGUGGAUGCGAUGAAGAAGGUCGCGAAGCUUGACGUGGAACUCACCGUGGAGGAGCGGAACCUGCUCUCGGUGGGCUACAAGAACGUGGUCGGCGCUAGGAGGGCUUCGUGGAGGAUCCUGUCUUCGAUCGAGCAGAAGGAGGAGGCGAAGGGGAACGAUCACCAUGUCAAGAGCAUCAAGGAGUACUGCCAGAAGGUGGAGUCGGAGCUCUCGAACAUCUGCACCGAUAUUAUUGCCCUGAUCGACGAGCAUCUCAUCCGCUCUUCAUCGGCCGGGGAAUCCUCUGUCUUCUACUACAAGAUGAAGGCCGAUUACUAUCGUUACCUGGCUGAGUUCAAGUUUGGCGAUGAGAAAAAAGAAGCUGCAGAGCAUUCUCUUAAAGCUUAUCAGGCAGCUACGAGUACAGCUGAGGCUGAUCUGCCUCCUACUCAUCCAAUUCGAUUGGGAUUAGCAUUGAAUUUCUCUGUAUUUUAUUAUGAGAUCAUGAAUUCACCUGAACGGGCUUGCCACCUUGCAAAACAAUCUUUUGAUGAAGCUAUUUCUGAGCUUGACACACUGAGUGAAGAAUCAUAUAAGGACAGUACUUUGAUCAUGCAACUGUUGAGGGAUAACCUUACCCUAUGGACUUCUGACAUCCCAGAUGAUGGAGAUGAUGCUAUCAAGGAGAGUAAUGGGAAGCCUGGUGCAGUUGAAGAUGCAGAGUGAAGAAGAUGGAACCUGGUGGAUGACUAUUCAAAUGAUGUCCUUGUCAUUUCAGUAUCAAUGGUUCUGGUUUUUAAAUUAUCUGUUAUUGGUUCCUGUUCCUUUUCCUGUUAUCUUUUAAUUGAACUUAAUUUGAGAAAUUUAUCCCAACUUGGAAAUUGAAAAUCCUGUGGCUUGUGCA